GGCGGAACUAAAACACGCAGCUCCUGUUUCCCCUCGAGAGCGCCCGCCUCUCUUCAAUGCGACGCCGAAUUACGUUGCUAAACGCUGACGUUUCCUGCUGUAAAACCACACCGCCAGGUUUUAGAAUGAUGGAGGAAGACGCCGAGGUAUCUGUGAUGAUAUCUCUGCUGGUCCAGAGGCUGAAGGGAAGCCAUUUGCACUCCGAAAUAGAGCAACGAGCUAAAGAGUGUCUUCACCAACCGGAGAUUAAACUGGAGUGUCUGAAAGAAGACGUGCGUCAUUUCCUCAAAUCAUCAGGUUGGGAAAAAAAGCUCCAAAAUGCAGUGUAUAGAGAAUUGCACAUCCAGCUGCCCCCGAGCCACCCAGCGGCUCCUGCAGAGCACCUCAAAGAGCCCCUGGCCUACAUGCGCAAAGCCCAGGUCAGCUGGGAGAGGCGUGUACUGAAAAGCCUGAAUAGCAUGAGCACCGAACUGGGAGUGCCUCUGGCGCGUAUGAGGCCGGCCGCUGAGCAACAGGAGCUGGCCAACAAGUGGAACGAGAUGGGCACUGAUGAGCCAGGCUUAAGCCGCUUCAGGCCCGUCUAUGCGCCAAAAGACUUCCUGGAGGUGGUGGUUAGCUUACGGAACCCCAACCACGACAGCAGCGAGGAAGUCUGCGCCAAGAGCCACUGGGGCCUCAUCCAGGUGCCCCUGCAUGUUAAGGACAUCCCACAGCUGAGACAAGCCUACUCGGAGCUUAGCCUCGCAGCUGGACAGUUGGGGAUCGACGACAACGCACACAUCCAUCCAGACUUAUUUGAAAAUGACUAUGUUGACAUCGGAAACAAAGUGCUUGCAGAGCAAGACAGUGCAGCAGCACAGCAGUACAGCAGGCAGGGCUGCCCCACCGGGCUGCGGGCUGACCUUUGGGCCCUCAUCCUCAAUUCAGUCAACCAGCCACAGGAUGUCCUACAUUAUGAGCAGCUAAAGACAGGAGUUAUUCAACAUGACCUGCUGGUGGACAACCUUAUCUACAAGGAUGUGAAGCUGACUGCCAGCAAUGACGACUACUACUUUGUCUUUGAGGACUUUCUCUAUCAGGUGCUCCUGUGCUUCUCCCGGGACGCUGCCGUCCUAGAGCACUUCAAGUACAACAGCGCCACUCCUCCCAAAUCCACCAUCCAGGGUGAGCAAAUGUUGCUUUUGUGUGCGUGUGUCGCUCAAAUUAAAAGUGUUUGUCUUAUAGACAAGGAAGAUGUAGAGCAUGACGUUUUUUAUCCCCCCAACGGUGUAAUCCCCUUCCAUGGCUUCUCGAUGUACGUGGCGCCUCUCUGUUUCCUUUACAAUGAGCCGUCCAAGCUGUACAGCGUCUUCAGGGAGAUGUACACACGUUACUUCUUCAGACUGCACUCUGUCUCUUCGGCGACAUCGGGUAUCGUGUCUCUAUGUCUGCUCUUUGAGAGGCUCCUGCAAACACACCUGCCUCAGCUCUUCUAUCACCUGCGGCAGAUGGGAGCUCAGCCGCUGCGCAUCGCCUUCAAGUGGAUGGUCCGAGCCUUUUCAGGCUACCUCUCCACCGAUCAGCUGCUUUUUCUUUGGGACAGAAUCCUUGGCUACGACUCACUGGAACCUGUUGCAGUCCUGGCAGCCGCCGUCUUUGCCUUCCGUGCCGAAAACCUGAUGGAAGUGACGUCUCUGGCUUCAGCUGAGGCUGUCCUUGCUGACCUUUCAACACUCAGGGUCAUGCCUCUGCUCCAGAUCUUCCUGUUUGCUACAAGCGUCUAAGCUUCACCGUGACACAUGACACUGACAGCAUGGUCACACGUCGUAGUCAGGCAGGGCAGAGUAGGCGACUCCUCCGACUGACGGGGUGCUGGAGUGCAGUGGGAGGAGCCAGCAGAAGAUGGAACCUGCCGACAGAGACAGUGCUGAACCACCAGAGCUUGUCCUUUUAACCAGACGGCGGUGUUCCACUCACCUCGUCCGAAAACCUCCCGUAGCAAAGCCAGCUUAGGCUUACGUGUGUGUGUGGCUUGGUGAGGCGGCUGCGAAGAGGAGGAACCUUUGUCCUUCAUCAGAAGCCUGUGCCUCAUCUGCUCGAUGGGCGUCUCGUCACUGACUAUCGACGCCAGCUGGCAGGAAGAGAAGGACAUUCGCCACAAACCUGAGCAGUUUAGCACUGUUGCCCUCUGCUGGAGCUUGUUGUAAUCACAUGCUACGUUAGCUACCUGGUCGUAGAAGAUGACCAAGACGAAGACUCCAAAGAGGACUGACUCCACCAGCAGAAUGAUGUAGUGCGCACUGGAGGACAUGGACGUGUCAAUAAGACCACUCUGGCUUUGUUUUAAUUCAAGCACUUUUAUACUUGCGCUUCAGUAUGAAUACUAUGUCCACUACGUCCUUGAUUCCUGAGGGUGCACAUUUUGAUAGUAAAGUGCUGUCCCAUAUCAUUGCCAGAAAUAAUAAUGGCAAUAUUUACCUGAUUCCUUUAAGUAAAUCCACUCAAGCAAUCACCAAAGUUGGUCCCUUCCCUUCCACUUGGUCAAGAUGCAUGGAUUGAGAGUAGUUAGGGUGGAUCACUGCGCACCCAUAAUUUGGGGCAUGUUGAGUGAAAUAUCCAAGUACUGACAGUGCACUGCAUUUUGCCAUACUUCUCAGUGUGAACGCACAAUAUGUACUCAAAACUACUCAUUUUAAGUAAAGACGUGCAAAUGGAAUACUACCACUAGUGCACUUCAAUAUUUAUACCAUAUGUACACUGUGUACUUAGUUCCUGACGGUUCACAUUUUGACAGUUUAUUGCUGUACAAAAGCCAUAAUUACAUUGCAAUAAUAAUUUGCUUCCUC